GAGGGUCCCGUGGGGCCGGCUAUGGGGCACAGGGCGGAGUCCCCGGGGCUGGCGGCGGGAGGGUCCCGCGGGGCCAGGGGGUGAAGCUCCAGGUGGACCCCGCCCCGGACGGCGCUGGGGCUGCCCGGGGGUCGCUGAGCCCGGGCCCGCCGCGGAGCCUCCCCUCACCCGGCUGCAGAGCUGUGGCCCGGUUCACUCAUGGCUGCGGCAGAGCCCGCUCGGGGAAGGGACUCUCAGCGAGCUGCAGAAGGAUGCUCUGUCCCCCUGCCGGACCCGGCGUCCUGGGUGGAAGGGGAGAACGUGUGGGUGCUGGAGCUGCAGCCCUACAGCGAUCCCAGUGCAGGUGAUGAAGCGGUAAAGCUGGAGCCGCAGGGGCCCUUCCUGAGAAGCACUGUGAGGGCUGGAAAGCAGGAGAUGCCAAAGCCAGGUGUAGCAGGGAUGCUGGAGCCGGAGGGACCAUUCCUGAGAAGCGCUGUGAGGGCUGGAAAGCAGGAUAUGCCGAAGCCAGGUGUAGCAAGGAUGCUGGAGCCGGAGGGGCCCUUCCUGAGAAGCGCUGUGAGGGCUGGAAAGCAGGAGAUGCUGAAGCCAGGCGUAGCAGGGAUGCUGGAGCCAGAGGGACCAUUCCUGAGAAGCGCUGUGAGGACUGUAAAGCAGGAGGUGCAGGAGCCAGGUGUAGCAGGGAUGCUGGAGCCAGAGGGGCCGUUCUUGAGAAGCACAGUGAGGGCUGUAAAGCAGGAGACAUUGGAGCCAGAGGGGCCAUUCCUGAGAAGCGCUGUGAGGGCAAUAAAGCAGGAGAUGCCGGAGCCAGGCGUAGCAGGGAUGUCGGAGUCGGAGAGGCCCUUCUUGAGAAGUGCUGUGAGGGCUGUAAAGCAGGAGAUGCUGGAGCCAGGCAUAGCAGGGAUGCUGGAGCCAGAGGGGCCGUUCCAGAGAAGUGCUGGAGAGAACAUUCCCUGGAUCCCGGAGCAGGGCAGAGCUGGUGGGAGCCAGCACCGGGCAGUGAGGAAGAACCCUCCACGGAGGAGGCAGGGUAAGAACAGCCACUAUGACCCCCCGCCGGGGAGGCAAGGGGGCAGCCCCCUGCGGGACAUCACUGUGCCCCAGAGCGCAGCUGCAGGGGGGCCGCCCCACACGUGUGCCACUUGCGGAAAGAGUUUCAGCCGCCGCUCCAAGCUGAGCUCCCACCAGAGGAACCACACUGGAGACAAACCCCACAGCUGUGGGGACUGUGGGAAGGGCUUCCUGUGGCGCUCGGACCUGCUCCGGCACCAGCUCAUGCACACGGGGGAGCGUCCCCACCACUGCCCCCAAUGUGGCCGUGGCUUCAGCCGGGCCUCACGGCUCCAGCAGCAUCAGAGAGUCCACACGGAAGCCAACCAUGGAAUGGAGGGAAGCCCGGUGCCAAGUGCGCUGCAGGGAGUCCACGGGGAGCCUGGCCACGGAGUGGGGCAGAGCCCGGGGCUGAGUGAGGGGCUGGGAGUCCACAGGGAGCCUGGCCAUGGAGUGGGGCGGAGCCCAGGGCUGAGUGAGGGGCUGGGAGUCCACGGGGAGCCUGGCCAUGGAGUGGGGCGGAGCCUGGGGCUGAGUGAGGGGCUGGGAGUCCACAUGGAGCCUGGCCACAGAGUGGGGCAGAGCCCAGGGCUGAAUGAGGGGCUGGGAGUCCACGUAGAGCCUGGCCAUGAAGUGGGGCGGAGUCCAGGGCUGAGUGAGAGCCGGGGAGUCCACGGGGAGCCUGGCCACGGAGUGGAGCAGAGCCCGGGGCUGAGUGAGGUGCUGGGAGUCCACACGGAGUCUGACCACGGUGUGGGGCAGAGCGCGGGGCUGAGCGAGGGCCGGGAAGUUCAUGUGGAGCCCAGCCAUGGAGUGGGGCGGAGCCUGGGGCUGAGUGAGGGGCUGGGAGUCCAUGUGGAGCCCUGCAAUGGAGCAGAGAGGACCUGGGCUCUGACUACGCUGCAGAGAAGCCAUGCGGAGCCUGCCCUUGGAGGGGAGGGCAAUGUGGCACAGAGCCCAACCUUGUUUGCACUGCAGGGAGUCCAUGGAGAGCCCUGCCACGGAGCGGCGUGGAGCCCGGUACUCACUACACUGCAGGGCGUCCAUGUGGAGCCUGGCCACAGAGUUGGGCGGAGCCCAGGGCUGGGAGUCCACACAGAGCCUGGCCAUGGAGUGGGGCAGAACCCGGGCCUGAGUGAAGGGCUGGGAGUCCAUGCAGAGCCUGGCCAUGGAUUGGGGCGGAGCCCGGGGCUGAGUGAGGGGCUGGGAGUCCACGUGGAGCCCGGCAAUGGAACAGAGAGGACCUGGGCUUUGACUACGUUGCAGGGAGUCCAUGCAGAGCCCUGCCACGGCGCAGGUUGGAGCCCAAUGAUGACUACGCUGCAGAGAAGCCAUGUGGAGCCUGUCCAUGGAGGGGAGGGCAAUGUGGCACAGAGCCCAACCUUCUUUGCACUGCAGGGAGUCCAUGGAGAGCCCUGCCCCAGAGCGGGGUGGAGCCCAGUGCUCACUACACUGCAGGGCGUCCAUGCAGAGCCAGGCCAUGGAGCGAGGUGGAGCCCAGUGCUAACUACAUUGCAGGGAGUCCACGUGGAACCCUGCCACGGAGCAGGGUGGAGCCCGGUGCUCACUACACUGCAGGGUGUCCACGCAGAGCCAGGCCAUGGACCGGGAUGGAGCCCGAUGCUCACUACACUGCAGGGCGUCCACGCAGAGCCUGGCCACGGAGCAGGGUGGAGCCCGAUGCUUACUACACUGCAGGGCGUCCACGCAGAGUCAGGCCACAGACCAGGCUGGAGCCCAGUGCUCACUACGCUGCAGGGUGUCCACGGAGAGCCCUGCCAUGGACAAGAAUGGAGCCCAGCCCUGAGUGCACUGCAGGGCAUCCACGGGGAGCCCAGCCACAGCCCAGAAGGGAACCCAGCGCUGAUUGCCUUGCAGAGGGUCCACGCGGAGCCCUGGGACAGCGCAGAGGGUAAUGUGGCACAAUGCUCAACCUUGUUUGCACUGCAGAGAAUUCAGGCAGAGCCCUGCUACAGCACUGAGGGACCCGCAGCCCAGAGGCUGGAGCUGAUUGUACUGCAGAGAGUCCAUGGGGAGCCCUGCCAUGGAGCAGAGGGGAGCUCAGGCCUGACUGCUCGGCAGGGAGUCCACGGGGAGCCCUGCCACGGCACCGAGCAGAGCAUGGCACUGAGUGCGGUGCAGACAGUCCACGGGGAGCCCUGCCACAGCACCGAGCAGAGCCCAGCACUGAGUGCGGUGCAGACAGUCCACGGGCAGCCCUGCCACGGCACAGAGCAGAGCCCGGCACUGAGUGCAGUGCAGACAGUCCACGGGCAGCCCUGCCACGGCACCGAGCAGAGCAUGGCACUGAGUGCAGUGCAGACAGUCCACGGGCAGCCCUGCCACGGCACCGAGCAGAACCCGGCACUGAGUGCAGUGCAGACAGUCCACGGGCAGCCCUGCCACGGCACCGAGCAGAACCCGGCACUGAGUGCAGUGCAGACAGUCCACAGGCAGCCCUGCCAUGGAGCAGAGAGUCCCGUGGCCCAGAGCCUGGCACUGGCUGCGCUGCAGUGUCUCCAGGCCGGAGAGGCUCAAUGUGUCAUCGCUGAGCGAGGGGGAGGCCUGGCCGAGACCCCCCCAUCCCCUGCAGCCUUGGUGCAGGAGAAUCUCUUCCAAUGUCCUGAAUGCCGAAAGUGCUUCGGCCGCAGCUCAUACCUGGUGAAGCACCGCCGGAUCCAUGGGGCGGGAAAGCCCCACCAGUGCCCCCAGUGUGGCAAGUGCUUCAGCCAGCGCUCGUACCUCUGCAAGCACCGCCGUAUCCAUGCCGCCGCAGCUGGCAAACCCCACGAGUGUGCGCUGUGCGGCAAGCGCUUCAGCCUUCGGUCCUACCUCUGCAAACACCGCCGCAUCCACACGAGAUAGGCCCGGUCCCAGCAUCUGGGAGCCACAGCAGCCCUGCAUGGGCCGUGCAUGGCCCUGGAGCCAAGGGGACGCCGCCCAGGAGCCACAGAGCCAUGGUACAAGCAGCCCAUGGAGCGUGCCGUCAGAGCCCAUGGCACGGGAGCACUGCCGGCUGAGCUGGCAGGCACGCGGUGCAAGAGGGAGCGCUGGGUGAGGCUGGGUCGUUAUGGGAGUGGCUGGUGGGAAUAGAGGGGAGAACUUUCUGUGCCACGUUCUGUAGUGUUUUUGGUCAAUAAACAGUUUUGAAGAGGGGGAAAUGCUCCCUUGUAAA